CACCCAACCCGGAAGCGUGACGUCUCGAACAAUAACAAUAACAAACCCGCUUGCUUCAGUCCUACGAGUGAUCGCGUUGUCUUCGUCGGGUGCUGCCACGUUAUUAUUUACCAGACAAAACACAAAUAAAACCUCCUAGUGUAAAUGAUGGUCAAAUACUGUCCCUCCUCAGCAAUUACUCCGAAGUGUCACUUUCAUUCGCCUUUCCUUCCUUCCCCUCUUCUUCAUUAGUUUGGCUCACGAGCACACGACGUCAUGUAAUGAGAUGUGUGUGAAACACACUGCUACUGCUGCUACUGCUGCUCCUCCUCCUUGCGUAUUUCAAAAAAGGCCACUUCUGCUUUUUUCAGCAUUCAAGUGGAUCUGACGCCUUUUGAAAGCAGAAGGCUCACGUUCGGCGAUGGAGCUACAAGCUGCUACUGGCUACUUGAACGUUGAUUGUCUGACCAGCACGUUGCCGGUUAUUCCCUGCCAGAAGCUGACCGACUUGAGCUACCUGAGCAGAGGCGCCUUCGGUACCGUGUUCAAGGCUCAGCACUCCGACUGGAGGACCACCGUGGCCAUCAAGUGCCUCAAGCUCGAUUCCCCGUUCGGCGAAAGAGACAGGAAUUGUCUGCUGAAGGAGGCAGAGGUCCUCCACAAAGCUCGCUUCAACUACAUCAUCCAAAUCUUUGGCAUCUGCAACGAGCCUGAGUGCUUCUGCAUCGUGACCGAGUUUAUGAGCAAUGGCUCUCUGGACCAACUUCUGCAUGAGAAGGACAUGUACCCUGUGGUCGCCUGGCCUUUGAGACUGAGAGUCCUAUAUGAGAUUGCCUUGGGAGUCAACUUCCUUCACAACAUGUCCCCGCCACUCUUUCACCAUGACUUGAAGACACAGAAUAUUCUAUUGGACGGUGAAUUCCAUGUUAAGAUUGCAGAUUUUGGUCUUUCCAAGUGGCGCCAGCUGUCUGUCAGUAAAGGCUCAGUGUCGGAACCUUCGGAAAUUAGGGGCACGGUGAUCUACAUGCCCCCUGAGGAGUACGAACCCUCCAAGAGCCGCCGCGCUGACAUCAAACAUGACAUGUACAGUUACGCCAUCAUCAUGUGGGAGGUGCUCUCCAGGCAAAUUCCAUACGAUGAAGUGACCAACCCAAUGAAAAUCAUGUUCAACGUACUUCGUGGGAUGCGUCCUGACACCAGCUACGCCAGUUUGUCUGAUCAGAUCCCUAGCAGAGAUACGCUUGUUUGCUUAAUGACCUGCGGCUGGACCGCUAACCCCGAUGACCGACCUUCCUUCCUCAAGUGUCUCAUUGAACUGGAGCCCAUGAUGAGGAAGUUCACUCAAAUCGACUUCCUUAUGGCUGUGCUGGAGAUCAACAAGUCAAAGCAAUCCAGCUGCUGCUCGCCACAGCCCGAGGGUGAAAAAAUGGCUGAGGACGAAAUUCUGACGAAGCUGACGGACACAUCCCGCCCAUGGCCGGAAAGCUCCACCUCAGGCUCUGGCUCUUGUUCAUGUCAGGAAACAGACAUAUCGCUUCCGGGCGCUCUCACCAGCACCAACAUGGAGUCUUCCAAAGCGGGACCGCCAUCAUCAGUCGGCGUUCAUACUCUGGAGCACCCUGAAUCUCUGAAGGACCCUUGUGCUGGCAACAAUCUGAACGGCUUCCAGAGCGCCCAGCCCAUCGACCACCUGAGCAAAUCUCUCCAGGCUGCUCUGCCCGUAACUGAGGGCAAAACACAUCUGGAGGCCCUUACACUGCGUGUAAAUUGUGCAGAGCCACAAGCAGAUAAUUCUCCUCCAUUACACCGCUCGUCACCUUCACAGGGUCCCGUCGGCCAAUGGGUGUCGACGCGACGCGAGGAGAUCGUGGCGCAGAUGACGGAAGCGUGCCUCAAUCAAAGCUUGGACGCCCUGCUCGCUCGCGCCAUGCUAAUGCGCGAGGAUUACGAACUGGUGGUGAACCAGGCCACGCGUGCCGCCAAGGUUCGCCAACUCCUGGACAACUGCCACAGGCACGGCGAAGAUUUCUGCCGGGUGGUUGUCCACAAGCUUCAUCACAACAAGCAGAUGGGCCUCCAGCCGUACCCCAUUGAAAUCAUUUCGGCCGCCGCCGUCUCGGUGCCCAGCGCACCGCUGCUUUCGGUGUCCCACAACAUCUCAAGGAACAUGUAGACCUGUUAUGGAAGAUGGUAGACUGUGACAAAUAAUUGCUGACAAAGACUGUGACAAAGACUCUGAUGGCAUUUGUAGAAAACAAAUCCUUACGGGUCACUAUGUUAAUGUCAGAUAAUGAUUUUUAUAUAUUACAUUCCUGAUCACCUCAUUAUGUCGAAUGAAGGUGAUAUUAACCAUAUGACCAACGUUUCACAGCCAAUUUAACCGAUGUCUGGCCAAAACGGAUCUUAUUCUGUUUACUCAUGCGUCAAACCAUGCGGUGGAGAUCACCCGCUCUGGCAGACAGGAAGUGGUAGGAUUAAUUUCAAAAUAAAAGUAUAUUCUCCCUCAGACUCAGGAAGUGAUGGGAUACAUUUUAGAAUAAAAAUCAAUGCAGACCAAAUGGUAAUAUUUCACAGACAUCUGAACAUUAUGUAAAUGCACAUUAACAGCAUUUAAUAACAGUACUUUCCCCUUUUUGUAACUAUUUGGCGCAAUAUUUUGGUAAAGUCUAUAGUCGGUAAUCUUUGUAAUUCUGUUUUUUAUUAUUAUUCUUUUUUUUUCUAGAUUUUAUUAUGUAUUGUUUCAUUGUAUUUUCUAUUAAGUGUAUUAGGACCGGAUCAUUAUUUCAUUUUUGUGGCAUUUUUGUUUGGUGAUGUGACAUUCGUGUAAUGUCAAAUAUGUAAAUAUGUAUACAAUCUUUUAUAGUAACAUAACCUUUUGA